AUGGGAGGAGGAGGCGGUUACGGAUCCGAUGGGCUUGGUUGGGAUCACCUGGACUGGCCAGGACGGGAUAGCCCCGAACAGGGAACUACGGGUAUGAUGGGGGAUGGGGGGAGGGCGGAAAUGGCACGGUAUGAGAUCGACCUGAUGGCUGACGCACAUAUGUAUCCUACGGAGUACGGUGAUGGCGGAGAAAGGAAGGAAGUGCAUACAGACAUGCGCCGGACAGACCGCGUCGGUCCUACCGGGGUAGUACCCAGGAAGUACCCUGGAGGCGUGAGAACUGAAGACCAAGACCAAGACCAAGACCAACCCAACCCAACCCAACCCAACCCUGCACGCGCAUAUGCAUCACGGGUUGUUGCAGCUGAAACCGCCAGGACACCGUCUGGGAUCACGCAAGGAUGGAGCGUUGCGCACUGGAGCGGUCUGGGGGGAGAAGGCAUUGGGGGACUUUUGUCUCGAUGGAGGACGAGAAAGAGAAGUGUCAUUGUCGUCAGGUCGAAUGACCACGGCCACGUCCCUCGCGGGAUGAAUGGAUGGAUGGAUGGGUGGAUGGAUGAUAGGAGUCGAGGCUGCCAAGUCAACGGAAGUAAUUACUUACUCUUCGGUCUCCCCCAAGAGAGAACCCAAGCCUCCAAUGCCUCCAAUGCCUGGGGUGCCCACGCUGGCCCACGAACGUCUAGAGACCAGCCGGAUUGCCUGAUUCGGAUUCGGCGCGCGCCCACAAUCCGAUUCUUCACUGGUCUGGCGGGCGCAGACGGUGAGACAAUCGGGAUAUUAAGGUUGCAUCGAUCGUGCACGGGUAACGACGGAACAUGCAAUGUAAGGUUAAUUACUGCGUGCAGCGGGCUGGCCACUGGCAGCGCGAGCGCCGGUCCCCCUCCGUCCUAUCGCCUCGGUACCAUUUUGUCGGCUGAGCUGAUUCACUACUCUAUCGCCCAUCCUCCUAACGGCACUAGCCAGUUUGAUGCGACGCUAUCCAUCCCAGGUAUGCCUCGGAUGCGCCAGCCAAUUGGCCCGGUCGCAGUCCAGGGAGAUUGA